AUGUCUUCCCCAUUCCCCCUCCUCCGUCUUCCUGGAGUGGUCUUGUGCGAUGUAUUCAGAUCAUUGAGUAUCGGUGAGAAAUUCAAACUCUCCAUCUGCUCCAAGAAAAUCUCCAUUCAAAUCAAUAACUGUCGGUUGUACUCUCAAAAAGUUAUAGUCGAUCUGGCCUGCUUAAGCCAUAAAAUCAGAGUUUUCUCUGAAAAUAACAGAGAUGCAUUUGAGAUCUCCAUUUAUUCAGAUUCCUGGAAAAGUCACAAUUCAAAUACUCAACAAUUUUCUAUUGCAUGUUGUAGUGUAAAAGUUAUUCCGAUACCAAAAGGAAUCACAACAUUCUGGAAGAAUCAUCGAGAAGGAUUUUUGUCUGUUAUUCAGCUUCUAUUGAAGGUGUUUCAAUGCAAGAUUUCAAUCAAUAUUAGUUACUAUAAUAGUGAUUUAUAUCAACCAACAAUAGCAAUGUUGUUUGAUCUACGAAUGGAAUUUAAGACGAUCAUUUUUGAACUUAAAGGAUCAGAAGAUCGAAUCUUAUUGUGGAAUCAGAUAUCUCAUAAACUUAAACUGGUCGAGGAUCUUGUAAUUUUAUCCGGUCUUGAUCCUGGUUUCCCACCAGUUUUUGCUUCAUGGCCACAGAAGAUUAGUAUUGAAAGUUCCGCUUGGUUCAGUCUUGAAUCUCUUUUAGCGUGCACUUGCACUACAAUUACCCACAGGAGAUCUCAUAUGGGAAACAAGGAUUUGGAUGUGAUUCUCAAAAAUUGGAAGGCUGGAGGGUUACCGAAUCUAAAAUGUCUGCGGCUCGAUAGCCUGAUGAUCACGGAUGACGGAGGACAUAUUUUGGGAACGACUUUUAGGGAAUUAAAUGGAAUGGUUAUCCAAACUGAUGACGGAUCAAAGAAGGCAACUAUCAAAACUAACUUCCGCAAUAUUGAAAUUGGAAGAUAUGCCGCUGGAGGUGCUAGAGGAGGUGGAACUGGAGGAUCCUGCUGCUCUUGCGGAGUCGGUGCUUAUGGUUCCCAAGGGGCUCCAUCCGUCCCUGACUUUUGCUUCGAUUGCCCACCAGAAUCACAAGAAGGCCAAGGAGACUCAGGAAACAUCCCACCAACUGGAAACGGAGGACGACUAGAAGCCGAUGGAAACCCCGACCCCGUUAACGAGGUUCCAGGACAACAAGGAGCAAUGAUCUAG